AUGGAAGAUCUGGAGAACAAUUUAUUACAGACAAGAAAAGCACAUAGACUAGAACAAAUGGUAGCAAGAUGGCUCAGACGAUCUCGGGAUAACUCACCCAGGCGUAGGAUUUCCUUACCAGAUAACUCCUCGGGGGGCCUUACCCAAACGCUGACCUCUGCCAAGCACACACUGAAGAUAGACAGAGAUGUGUUUCUGGGGGACUAUGGAUUUCACAUUUCACAGAGCCUUCCCCUGAGUAUCUCCUCCGUUAUCACAGGAAGCACGGCUGAUGGGAAACUUCUGCCAGGUGAUCAGAUCCUCCGAAUGAAUAAUCAGUCUGUGGAAGACCUUUCCUAUGAACAAGCACUUGAUAUUUUAAGGGAAACAGAAGAUUCUCUUUCCAUUACCGUUACUCGAUGUACUUCGGGUGUCCCUAAGUCGUCCUUCUUAACAGAAGAGAAGAGAGCCAGGUUAAAGACCAAUCCUGUUAAGGUGCACUUUGCUGAAGAAGUACUUGUGAAUGGUCAUUCUCAGGGGAAUGCUCUGUUGUGUAUGCCCAAUGUUCUCAAGGUGUACUUGGAGAAUGGACAGACCAAAGCUUUCAAAUUUGAGAAAAAUACAACUGUGAAGGACAUCAUUCUCACGGUGAAGGAGAAGCUGUCCAUCCGCAGCAUUGACCACUUCGCUCUUGCCCUGGAGGAGCAGUAUAAUAUCUCCAAGUUGCACCUUCUCCAUGAAGAAGAAUUCAUUGAGCAGGUGGUACAAAGAAAAGAGUCGCAUGACUACAGAUGCCUUUUUAGACUGUGUUUUGUCCCAAAGGAUCCAUUGGACCUCCUAAAAGAAGAUCCAGUUGCCUUUGAAUAUCUCUAUUUGCAGAGCUGCAGUGAUGUGCUUCAGGAAAGGUUCGCAGUUGAAAUGAAAUGCAGCUCUGCAUUACGACUUGCAGCAUUACACAUCCAGGAACGGAUAUAUGCUUGUGCCCAACCACAGAAGAUCUCUUUGAAAUACAUAGAGAAAGACUGGGGAAUAGAGAAUUUCAUAUCUCCAACUUUGCUCCGGAACAUGCGAGGCAAAGAUAUCAAAAAAGCCAUUAGCUUCCAUAUGAAGAGAAAUCAGAGCUUACUGGAGCCCCGGCAAAAGCAACUUAUAUCUGCCGCACAGCUACGUUUGAACUAUCUACAAAUCCUUGGAGAACUGAAAACAUAUGGUGGGAAGAUCUUUAAUGCUACAUUAAUGUUACAGGAUAGAGAAUCUUACAUCGCCCUUCUUGUUGGAGCCAAGUAUGGGAUCAGCCAGAUUAUCAACAGUAAACUCAACAUUAUGUCAACGUUAGCCGAGUUUACGAAUAUUAGCCGAGUAGAGCUGAUGGAAGAGUCGGAGAAAGUGAGCAUGGUCAAAAUUUAUCUCCAGGAUGUCAAGCUUCUCACUCUGUUGCUGGAAUCUAAUAGUGCUAAAGACCUUGCCUGCCUCAUCGCUGGCUACUACAGACUGUUUGUUGAUUCAGCCGCCUCCAUAUUCCUGUGGGGGAGGAAUAAACAAGGUCAUCGGAUUUCUGCAGAAGAAGGUUAUGAAUCCAGAGCCUGCAGUGACUCAGAAGAAUCAUCUGAAGUUGACUCUUCCCUGGAGUUCCUUUCAGACAAGCACCUGAUGAAAAUGGGCCACAUAACGCCUCUCUGUGAAGAAGAAGAACCAGAAAUGCUUGAUGAGCAGAAAGAGGGGAGCGUCACCCCGACGGAGGCCCAGAAAGGCAUGUGCAACGGAGUUAGCAACAUCACUGACCUCACCUCUGAGGGCUCUGAUUCGGCCAACACGGAGAGCCGCGGCUGCAAGACCAGUGGGUCUAGUGACUCCAUGGAUGCCUUGGAAGAGGAUGACUUGGAUGCCUGCUCCUCCAGCAGACCCGAGUUUUUCCAUUUCCACAACUCCAACUUUAAAGAAAGUUUCGAUGAAAAUGAUCCCUCACCUUCUCUGGACAGCGGCAAGGAGAAAAGAGGCCAACUAGAGACCAGCGGCUUCCUGUGCCUCCUCGAGUUAUCCCAGAGAGCCAGCACUGAGCUCCCAAAGACUGAGUUCUCCAACCACUCCAGCGCCCUUAAAUCUAGCCCAGGGAAUGAGCCGAAUGUGCCCAUGGUGGACCCCAGGCUGUAUGAUAGCAGCAGCAUGGAGUACUACAGUCUGUGUUCUAAUGUUUCUCCUGCCAGCAUCCUGAGCAACAGCUCUGAGAGCAGUUCUAGGAACGGUCCAGCACAGCCAGGUCAGGAGGGGAAAGUCUGGAAAGUGGUGCCAGCCUCGGUGGUAGAAUCCCUCCUUUUCAGUCCUUCUCCGAGUUUUGAAGACACCAGCUCAGAUGAGGAAUUUUAUGAUGCUGCUGACAAGUUGACACCCUCAGAUUCCCUCUCAGAUCAGAGCACAGUUCCUCCAGAGGAAUGGAGUGAUCUGGGGUCUAAAGUUAAAAAAAGAGAGAGCUCAGAGGAAGGCCUUGCUCCAAGAUCACAUAAAAGAGAACAUAACAGAAGAGCAGGGGUGAAAAAAUAUGCAAAAACUCUGAGAAAAAGAAGGUCUUUCUUACAGACUGACUAUACAUCUCAGGUUACCUUUCCUUUGGCUCCAUCAUGUUCCCUGGAAAGUGUCGACCACAUGUGCUACUACGAAAGGGAGCCCUACCUGUCCUUUGUCUCUCACUCACCCACCGUGUCCUCCUUGCAGGACAUGCAAGGAGAGCCUGGUCUGCUGGAAACAAAGGCCCUCGGGCUACUGGCUCCUCCCAGGGAAGCCAAGAGUAAAAACCACUCCUCAAAUUUAAUGGAAAUGGAGCCCGAAACGAUGGAAACCAAAUCAGUCAUUGAUUCUUUUGUUUCUUCCAUUUCAGCAGUUCGCCUCAGGAUUGACCCAGAAAAUAAAGAAAAUUCUAGUAUUUCCCCUUUGACUAGCACUCCAAGCAGCUUCCCUCAUCAUCUCUCUUCAGGUUUGUUUGAACAAAAUGGCCAGUCAGAUCCUUCUGAAAAAACCUUUCAACUUCAAGAUGGAAACGAUGGUCUUCACAGGGACCAGAGGGUCAGGACUCAGAACCACCCCUCCAAUUCCUCUGAUGCCCAUGCAGGGACCAAAGACGGUUUGACAAUCAGCCCAGAAGAACAGGAAGGAACACCAGGAAUCCCAGGGAUUGGCAUAAAAACACAGUUUGAAGUGGGAUUCAGGCAUCUGUUUGAAAACCCAAUACAGGAAACAAUCCAAAAAUGCCUCGAGCCUUUUUCUUCAGGGGACCUAUCCAGAAACAGUGAAUGUGUUAAAAAAUCAGGAGAGGAGGUGCCUUUUUCUGCUAUCAAAGACCAAAGAGGGGAGCAAUUCAUGCAACCUUCUUCUGGAGACUGCAAAGAAACAGGUUUUUCUAUUUGUGACAUCAAUCAAAACAGUGGUAUUAAUCUCUUUCAGGAGGAACCCAAGAAAGAUUUGUCUGAAGACUCAACGGAUGAUACAAGUAAAAAGUCCCUGGCUAAUGUGCCUUUUGAGAUUAGUGAUCAAUGUGGGGAAAUGGCCCCUCUCUCCAAGUGGCAGACAUUUGGGGCAAAGACUGAUGGAGAAUGGCCAGGACAAGAAGAAGCUAGAGAAACAGCCCUCUUAGUUGGUAAGGGCCCAACCUGCCUCCUCCAAGAGCAGGAGUUAUUACUAUCAAGCAAACCUUUAGGCGCUGAUGCCUUUAAUGGGCACCUGUCCAUCCCGUCGGGCCUGCAGAGAUUUCACGAAGGCCACUCUGUCCCAGAACCCCUGGACAAUAGAAUGAAGGCCAAGGUGCAAUCUGGUGUCCCUCUCUUACCGGUAGAUUUUAACCCACAGAAUCCACCUUCCUGCCACCCGGCAGAUGCUUUCAGGCAGGGGACGGAUCACAACCUGAAAGAACUGAAGUGUCCUGACUAUUUUUCCACAGCACGUGGCAAUAUCUUCCAGACAGAAAAGGGAAGCCUUAGUAUCGUGCCUCCUUCUUCAAAGAGGCCUCUCCUAUGCUUUGUUCAUAAAAACAAUCCUAACGUUUCCAUGAACCACAGGUCGGAUUGUUCCUUGGAUUUUGCAGGAAUGGAACCGUGCAGCUGUCAGUUAUCCUAUGCCACUUGUUUUCGUGGCUCAGACCCCGAGAUGGACGAUGACGCCUCCGACUUGGAAACGACGCUGUCCUCGGCCCCUCUCACGACACCCCCUUCCUCAGGAAGCCAGUAUUCGGUCCGGUGGAGACCCGAGCUCCCCCGAAGCAACAGCUGCAGCGGCGGCGAACCCCAGCUGAGGAACAGCUGCCUCUGGCCCGAGUAUUAUGCCAAAAUGGUAAACCAGCUGAAGGCUGGACUCUGCACAUCCCCGGAUGGCUUUUGCCAGCUCUUGGAUCACGUGGUCGAAUUACAGGAUAUUUUAGAACGGUUUGGGGGCAACGGGAACAGACACCCCCAAGACAGAUGUGCCUGGUGCUUUUCUGAAAACAGGAAUAGCCUGUGUGCGGGAUCCCAGAAGCUCAUGUCCAGCUGUCAGCACGUGAUUAAAAUCGACCAGUCGCCCGAAGAAAUGCAGAACGCAGUACAAGAAACGUUCCGAAACCUCAUCCAGCUGAUGGACUUGUGCCUCCAGUUUACAAACUGUGGCCGCUGCGUGAGGACGCACAGAGACGUCAUGGUGAACCUCAAGGACGUUGUUUGCGCCUACUAUCAGUUUGUGCAGGCGGCCAAGCUGGCCUGUGAGAGGGGCUAUCGAGAUUUAAGUGUGAAAUUAUUAGCGCGCCAGUGCACCGCCCUCACGGCGGCCGUGUUCUGUCUCACCCAGAAGUUCCGGGCCUCCAUGGCCCUUUGAGCCUCGGUCCUGCCGGGCCUGCGGCUCCCUCCGACCCACCCCCCACCCCGAGGUGGGCGUGUCCCUGAGAAACGACCCUCCAGCAUUAAUGUUUAGAGAGUUAUCACAAUAAACCCUGAUG